GAACCAUCGAGAGGAGGAAGUGGUCGUGUUAUGUUGUUUUUUUUGUUUUUGGUACCGCUAAUAAGUUGUAAGGAGACAGUGAAUAUGCUCUCUGUCGGUGUGUUUUUUGGGGUCAACUCCCUUCUUAAAUGAGUGUCUCUCAACAGGAUACUAAAAAUGGGUGCCGUCAUGUGUUUCCAGGGGAUCAUUUAGCAGACGGACUGGUAAACAUGUUAACAUGAGCUAUCCCUGUGCUCACGUUAAAGCUUCGGCUUUGCGUGUUGCAAGCAUGAGUCCAGGAAAUGUGAUAGGAGUUCAUUAGCGAGCCUGGAACAGCACACAGAGGCUCAGCUUUCUGCAUUAUUCCACUAAAGUUCACAUGUUAGACACUUAGCUCGUCAGUCCUGCCUUUAGUGAAGAUAUGAAAUUACUCUUUCUUGCCUGUCUCAGCCCUAAAACUGGGAACCACACUACAGCUGAGAGGAUAAGGUCCCACAUUGAGUCAGCGGGGCACACUUGUGAGCUCAGAGAUGCAGCAGAAUUUCAGUCUCCCGCUGAGGUGGCAAACCUAGUCUCUCAAAAUCCUCCCUUUGAGGGUGCGCUGGCCAUUCAUCUGUACAGAGCAGGCAGACUUCUCUUAGACAUCCAAGUACCCUUUGGCGUUAUCUUUGGCGGAACAGACAUAAAUGAAGAUGUGAAAGUUGAGCAGAAGCGUGUGGUUAUGGAGCAGGUGCUACUGAAAGCCAGAUUUGCAGUUGCAUUUACAAGCAAAAUGAAAGAAGAGGCUGAGUUCUUUUUGCUGUCCCAGAGCAGUAAAAUCUAUGUGCAGCCCCAAGGAAUCCAGACGGAAGUGAAAGAGAAAUUCUGCUGGACUGAAUUCUUGAGGAGCUCAGGUGUAAGCAUGGAGCAUGUGGAUGAGCUGCGUGUCUUCCUGUUGGUCUGCGGCCUCAGAAGAGUCAAGGACCCCCUCUAUCUGGUGGAGGUUUUUUCGGAGUGGCAUUGUGAGAAUCCACUGAAUGUUUUGGUCAUUAUUGGGCCAAAGAUUGAUCCUGCACUUACUGUUGAAGUGGGAGCUGUUGUUCAAAGCAUCAUUCACGCCUCUGUGAGCCUUGAGUCACGCAGAACUGAGCUCUGCCACUGCUUCUGCAGAACAGCAGGGGUCUUCAUGGCCCAGGAGAGGAGCCAACAGGAGCUUCAUGCUGCCGUGAAAAGGUGCUUCGCCGUGGUCAACAGCUCUGUCUCGGAGGGCAUGUCAGCAGCCAUCUUGGAGGCCAUGGACCUCGGGGUGCCCGUGUUGGCCAGGGACAUUCCAGGGAAUGCAGCUGUAGUGCAGCAUGAGUUCACUGGCCUGCUGUACUCAUCUCCUCAGGAAUUUGUGCAUCAAUCUCAGAGGCUGGUGGCAGAUCAUGAGCUGAGAGAGAGAGUGGUAAGAAAUGGAAAACUCUACGUGGAAGAGCAUCACAGCCUGAAACAGGAGAGAGAAACCUACCAGCGGCUGGUGGACACCCUGCUCAGAGCGUAAGGUUGUGGCAUUCAACCUCUACUCUGGAUACUUUCUCAGGAACUUCGUCUGUUUACCUUGCAUAGGUAUAAUCAUCACAAGUGUCUUUUAAGGAAUCAGGAUACUAAUAUGCAAAAUAAUCCCAUUUUAUCUGCACUGCCAGACAGAAAUUAUGGUGCAGAGCACUUUGAACUUUGAAGACCUAGACAAGAAAUGGUUGUUUGUCUUGUUAAUAUAUUUAAUAUAUUGAUGAAACUAAUGAUGUACUGCUAUUUAUGGUUUUGUAUAAAUAUAGAGAAAACUUGGGUUUUCUGUUUACUCAUUCUACUUAAUAAAAACAACUGUUGUUGAGCGGUUGGUGAGCUGAGAACACUGGUGGACUCAAGGGUUGCCUCCAUGUUAGAACGAAACACAGCAAAAGUGCCCUCUAUGGUGGCCCAGUGUGCAAAAAAAACAUGAUAACGUUUCCUCUGUAGUGCCUUUCCAGUGUAGAAUGUAAUGCAGUGCCGUAUAGUCUGCCUUACAUGCUAGAAAAUUAGUAGUAUUUAAUAAUGAUACUUUGAAGUCAUAAUAAAACAAUUUUAAUCUUGCCCCACCAGAUGCAAUUGGUGCCCUGUCCCUCAGACAGCCAGAGUCCACCACUGUCUAAGAAUGUAUGCUGUUGUAAUUACCUUUAUUGAGAAUCUCUGUUUCUCAUGCUUAUAAAAAGUUCUGUUCGGAUCUUGAUUUCUCCUCAAAUGCUGUGCAGGAUCAGCUAAUCUACUCUACCUAAAACAGUUCCUAUAUUUCUUAUUCUUCCAGUCUGUAUGCUACCACAUUCAUUUUUAAUGAAGUGCAACGGUUGGCUUGCACACAUCCAAGUCCCCAGCAAAAACUCAAUUUGUGUAAAGGGCAGAGGGGCACAAAAGGUUCUUGUAAUUUGAAGAUUCAAAGGUUGAUUUUGGCCACACAUUGUGGCAAUGGCUGCUUGGAAAAGCGUAAAUAUUCUCUUAAAGGUUUUGCACUAUACCAUAUUUUUGAUGCAACUGUAAAAUUAAGCAUUACACAAAAUAUACACCAACAUCAGGAGCAUACUGUUACCAGAGAGGUAGGUGCUUAACAUAGAAAAUCAGUUGAAAGGCAAUAUUCAAGAUAAUAGUGUUUUUAAUGAAAAAAAAAUCUAAUGGAAAUUAGAUUAACUUUAAUUUACAAAGAAAAAAGUCUUGAUAUUACAUGAUAGAAAACACUCAUUUCAGUUAGAAUUAUGUUUAAUCAAAGCCACAUUUUUGGUGAAAUCCAUAUCUGUCUCUAUUAUAACUGGUAAUAAAUAAAUUUGACAUUUGG